AUGCGCAGUGCAAGGAGACCUCCCUCAGACGAUGCGCCACCAACACCUUCUCUCAUCACGCAACAUCCGGCCGCCGCUGCCGCUGCAUCGUGUGCAAUGCGAUCCGGCCAAAUCCCAUCUCGGGACCCGAGAGGCCCAUACAAUCAACUCGAUGAUCCGGCAAACUUCGCUGGCCUCCGACAACUCCCACGAGCAGGCCAUCACAGCAGCGGCGCAAACGCAUCCAUGGGUCAGCAGUAUCCAACCUCAUCUGCCACCGCAACGCCUCAUCAGUCCACAGGGGUGUCCGGUCGACCAGCUGUAGUCGAUGACAUUGGACCCGCGGCUGCGAUAUCGCCAAUACAGGAACGCGAUGGAAUCGAUGGACGAAACAGUUCAGUGUCUUCUCCGUUUCGCCAAGUGCACAAAGCCAAGUCAAUGUGGAUCAGACAAAGCAAUGGUGAUCAUCAGGCACGAACUAUGACACACUCCAAGUCUUUUAGCCGAGGGAACCCUCGAUCAACACAAAAGGACCAGUAUCCGGGAAGAAAUGAUGACGACGACAAGGGCCGCCUCCGAUCUUACAUAUCGGCCUUCUCGCCCGAACGCACCUUACACAAUCCGUUUCGCAAAACCCUGCGCGAAACGCGUGAGAGUACUGCCAGUCCCUCCAACCCCGCUGACCAAAGCCGCGGGGGUUCUCAUAAGCAUCGGUCAAUAUCGAAUUCAAUCAAAAGUGGAUUCAACCGUGUUUUUGGGCGAUCCAAACACACCGAUGCCACUGCGCGGCCGUCACCACUGUCAGGUAGUUCAUAUGGCGCUGAACCGGUCGUGACAUCCCCAUCCAAGAGAAACGUGGAAGGCGUCCCUCCUGGGGAUAGUCGGAAUGCACCUCCUCCUCCCCGGCCUCUUGUUCAGUCAUCCACCAUGGAUAGUCUCUGUGGUUCGGAGUCGCGCGUCACUAGCUGGAACAAUUCAAGCUUGACAAACACAGUCACUUCCCUCAAGCCGGAGCAUGGCGAAUCUCUUUCUUCAAUCAGAGAGGAUGAAAACCUCGAUCAGCUACUGCCACCGCCACCUUCACGCGUAGUAAGCGGUACACAGAAUGAACCUCCUUCUGCCCCAUUGUUGAAUCGCAAUCUGCAGAUUGACUGUCAGGACCUGUGCUCUGCGAUACAGCAUGAGAUCGACCGACACCAGCGGUCCUGGUCCAACCAGGCUCCGAUUGUCGCUAGGGUUCCAGAGCGUCGUGUGAUUCCACGGGUGCCAGCUUCCCAUUCCCAGUAUGGCAGACGCACUGUUCGUCGUGUUCCCAGCCAAGAAGCAUCAGUCCCGCCGGUUGAAACCAACGAGGCUCCGGUUUUCGGUUGGGUUCCAGAGCGUCGUGUGGUUCCAGAGAUGCCCGGCACUCUUCGUCGUGUUCCCAGCCAAGAAACAUCAAUCUCGCCCGAUUCAUUCGCAACAGCGAGUGGGGAGCGUUCAAGUGCCCAAAAGGGCCAUCUGCGCCCGGUCAAACCCUUGAAGCGUCGUCCCAGCGAGUCGUCUCCGCUAAGCGCUCCACAAGAGGAGUGUGAUACUCUCAUGAUUCCCCGUCUUCGAGACGCGAGAAGGAACGUCGAUUCUCCAAGCGUUGAUUCGGGGAUCAGGAGUGUCAAUCCUUCAGAGAGGGCCAACAUUGUUGAUGAUGCUCUCGGUACACCCAUCAGUCGUCGGCGGCGAGAGUCGAGAAGUAGGAUCGCUCUAUCGAAUUCUGAUCCCAGCGACAGCAAUGACCGUGUUCCGCCGGGAGCUGACAUGGGGGUUAGAGACGUUCACAACGCUUUUCCUGUUUGGGGGAUGAAGAGGGAUUAUUCACCGAGUAUUUAUUCGCGAACAACCAGUGGCAUCGCUCUGUCGAGACCGGAUGUUGACAUUGUCGGCAGGUCCCACGAUGAAUCAGGGAUGGCAACCGUAUUUUCCCAGCAGCGGAUGUACGUGUCACCCAGACCUGCCCCUCCGAAUUCAACCUCUGAGAAUUUCUUGACAACCAGUGCAGACUGGCAGCGAUGGUUGAAUUCGGAGGUCGGGAAGCUUGGACAGACCAAGCCCCCGAGGGAGCAUGUCAGAGAAUAUGAACAAUUCCAAGAUGAGGAUGAACAGUUCCAAGAGGAGAAUGAGCAGUUCCAGGAGCAGGAUGAGCAGUUGACAAACGUUGCGCGAGACGACAAUGCCAUCGCACUAGGCAACGAUGUGAUCUCCACUACUCUUACCCCGGCUAAGACUUCCAGCUUCACAACUCCGGGUCAUGGUCAUACUAAACAGCGGAGUCCGACACGCAAUUUCUCUUGGCCUUACCCGCGACCUUCAGCCAACAUGCCCGUGCAGCAAGACUUGUCGGAAAACACGGUUGGUGAUGCCUACACACCAAGCAGUGCUCCCGCCAUGAAUCCCGCCAUUAAUCCCGCCAUGGAUCCUGCCAUGGAUCCCGAGACGAAUUCCGCGACGGAUUCCGCGACAGAUCCCGAUAACUACGCUUCUCCUGCAUCCGGUGACCCCGUUUCUCCUUCGUCCGUCCUCCGUGAACGUCUGCAUAACCAAUAUGCAAUGGGGCUGGGAUCUCAACCCCUGCAGCCUCCCGAUACACCAACGCCCAAGGCUGCUAACAAGAAGCAAGUUUCCGCACAAUCACAGCGGAACAAGUAUGCAGUUCGGCGGGCUGCCCUUGUUCGGCACCAGCGCAGCCGACAAGAGCGAUCCCUGAACAAUGAAAACCACCGUGAUCAGCCGGACGAGUCAACAGGAGUGAUGCAGCACUUCCUGGAGAUUCGUGAGAUGUGUGAGCAGGUAGCAACUUCAAGGAGUACAUGGGCAAGGACAGGGUCUUUCCCAACUCCAGGUGAUGUUGAAGAGUUCCUGAAGCAUCCUCGGGGGCCACAGAAUCCCCCCAAGCCACAGAGUUCCCGCAGUGAUAGCGAUGCGGACAUGGGAGGGCUUAUCUAA